GAUCUCAAGACGGUGAAGCGCUUUGACGCAAUGGUUUCGGGUCAGAUAGUGUGCGUCAAAGAUGACAAUAAUAAGCGUGUGAGACUGUGAAUUAAUGGCUUUAAUUUGGCAUUCCUGUAAAGAGGCAAAACGAGAAUGGUGAAGGUAGUUGUGUUUUAGCUUUGAGUGGUUCGUAAAGUGAGGAUGUACGUUACCGGCACUGGUGACAAUUAGAUGUUAUGUAUGUUGGCAACGUAGAGAACAUCUGGGAUGUACUGUGUUUUGGUUUAUGAACCGGCGUAGUUACUGUUGCUCGGUUAGGAUAUGGACAAAUAAUUUUUUUUAGAAAAUGGAAGAUAUACAGCUUACUGAAAGUGAACAGCGGUACUUUGGUGACUUGUUUGCAUGCUGUGAUUUAGAAAAUACAGGAAAAAUACCAUUGUCUAAAGCAGCCGAACUGUUUAAGUCUGCAAAUCUACCUAUUGGUAUCUUGAAACAGAUUACAGACAUAUGUGGAGUUGGAAGAAGUAAUUAUUUGGAGCGCCGACAGUUCUACUGGACACUGAAGCUUAUUGCCGCAUUCCAGGCAGGGUUACCAAUUCGUCCAGAAUUAUUUCAAACUAACUUAGAUGUACCUUUACCUCGCUUCACAAGAAACAACAGCAUGGAGAAGUGGGAGAGAUGCCAUGUUAAUCAGAGUGCAGGCAGCCCUGACUUAAUACAGCUCAGUGACACUGAUAGAAGUCUGAAUCAGGUGGCUGCUGGGAGAAUGGCUUGCAAUAGUGAUGUGAUUGGGAGACAUUCUCCAACUCAUAAUGGACGUGCUCUGUCACUAUCAAGUGGACAGAAGAGUCGAUCACCAGAAGCAUCAAGCACAGCCAGUGACUCCCCUACCCCCACUAACAGUGUACAGGAGCGCAACUGGGCAGCAGCUGCACAGUGGCAUGGAAUAGUAUGUGAAGAACAACGACAGUUACUUGGGACUGAAGAGGAGUCAUCGGACCGCCAUAGCAGUGAUGAUGAUGGUGACCCAUCAGAAGUGUGGACAAUCACUGAAGAGCAACGAGAAUACUACACUGCUCAAUUCCUUUCACUGCAACCAGAUCCUGCAGGAUUGGUUGCUGGUUCUGUUGCACGUCUUUUCUUUGAAAAAUCAAGGUUACCUGUUCAUGAGCUGAGAAAGAUAUGGCAACUCGCUGAUGUAACAAAGGAUGGUGCUCUCUCUAUUGAGGAAUUCAACACAGCAAUGCACCUUGUUGUACUCCGGCGUAAUAACAUAGAUCUGCCAGACUGUUUACCACCUACUUUGGCUCCACCACUCCCAGCAUCAGUGACACAGCCGCCAGCACCCCCACAAGCACCUGUACAAGUUACUUCAGUUCCACCCCCUACAGUGGUACCUGUACCUGAGCCGACGACAACAUUGGUAUCUGCAGACAGCCCUCCCAGCCCAUCACCAUCAGCAGGUGGUGACACCGAUUCACCACUACGGGGAAGUAACAAGGAUGUUAGUAAGUGGACAAAGUUUGUGGACUCUCCCACGAGUUCUGUAUCAUCUCCAGGUCCAAAGCCAGUGAAUUUUGAUUUCCAUAAAUCAGCUGUUGAACAGGAUCCUAAAAUUCUGCAUCCUGUAGCUUUGAGAGUCACACCGGAGUCACAGGGUGUCAGUGUGGUUGCGGCAGUUGCUAGUGCAGCAGUUGAAGAAGAACCUUGCAGAUCACCACGAAAACCAUCUGAACCACAAGCCAUUCCAUAUGAACAAUUUGGUGGAAGUGCAGACUCAGGCAGCCCCAAGAAAGUACUCUCUACUACUGUGACGCACACAGAUGCAGCACCAGCGGAAAUUCGACCCAUUCAGAGGCCACAAGCAAAGAAACCAGCAGCUCCGGGACCUGGAGCAAUACCCCCUCCACCACAGCCAGCUGUCAUCCCAACCUCUGAAGAAGUCAACAGCAUACCUGGCGCCCAGUCUGGGCCAACCAGUCUUCCAUCAUCUCAGAUAGGGCCCAAAAAGGAGCCUCCACCUCCUCCUCCACCUAGACCUUAUCGUACGCAUGCAAGGAGUUCAUCUUUGGACCUCAACAGGCUGGGUAAAUCUGGUGGCCUGUUAGGUAUUCCUCCAGUUGUACCUCCUCGUGUAUCCCCAAGCACGACAUCACCAAACAAAAAGCUGAUUGGGCAGCAUAGUGAAGGCGAUGUGCUGUCACUAGUGUCAGAUCAAACUGGAUUUGCAGAUUUUGGCAGAUUUGGGCAGGAGGAAGAGGAGACUGCAGAAAUGCAGAUGCCAAGAAAACAUGGGGCGUUUGAAGUUUACCGGAAACCUACUGCCCGUGCAUCUGAUGCUGGAGUUGGUGUCCUUCCUGAACAGGAUAGCCCGCAGGAUGACAGUCAGGAACAAAGGCACCAGCAUGAGCCAUCAACUUCUAGGCCAUCGAACACCCUGCGUCAACUUCAAGAACAAAACACACUGCUGCUUAGAGUGUGCCAGGAACUGAACCAAGAAUUAGCAGAAGUUCAAGAAGAAAGGGCCUCUUUGGAAAUGCAGUUGGAGCAUCUCAGAAGUCACCUAACAGAAUGAAAGCUAGUAAAUUCAAAGAGAUAUUGCGUACUGGAAUUUCUCAAAGUACUGUCUUGUACUUUUCUGGAUACAAGGCAAUUUUCAGUUAUAGAAUUCUUUAUUGCAUGGAUAAGAGACAGUUGUGGAGUCUAAAAAAUAUAUAUGUUUAUUAUGCUAUUUUGUAAUAAUCUAUGAAGAGAAUUAAGGUUGAAACUGCUAGAUAGUUUUUGACAUAGAUGUAUGUUAAAAUGUGCAGUUUAUUUUAUAUGUUGACAUGUAUGUCAGAAAGAAGGGAAAAAAUCUGUUAGAUCAUUUUAAGUUCCAGGCAGUUACUAAUAUAGUAAAAAGACCUCCUUAAAAUGUGUUGUCUACUGAGAAACAGUCAAUGGCAUUGACUGCUAAAUGUGCUUUGUAUGUAGUCAAGAGAUCAUAAAAAACCUAUGCUGGACACUCCAGAUUGGCUUGUUUUGCAGAGUAUAUGCAGUUACUAUGGUGUUCUAAAAUAAUGCUUCAAGGUGCCACAAGUAUUAUUGUGUUAGUGCUGUACAUUUUGUACAUUGGUGCUCUUGUUCAAUUGAGUUGUUUUGCCUGAGAAGUUUGGAAGUUGUGGCCAGAGGUGUAUUUUUUAUCUUGGGAGUUUUUCCUAGACAGAUUACCUCUCUUGUGCUCAAUAUAUGCCUUUUAUAUUGUUAUUGUUGACCUUUGUAAUUGAACAUGUAGUUAUUAAUAUAUGAGAGCAUGUAAAAGCAAAGAUUCCAAAUUGUGAAUGUAAUUUUUAAAUUUACUAUUUUUUUAAUUCAUUGUAAUGAUAAUGGGGAUGUUAUUCAACAUUAUUUUUGUUUGUUUGUAUGUGAAGAUUGAAGUAUACAUGUUGGUCUUUAAUAUACUGACAGUUUUGGUUAGUUACUAUUGCUGAAACAUUUAUGUGAAGUUAAACAGGCAGCUAAUCCAAAAAAGUUGUAGAAGCCAUUGUAUUUGCCUGCUUACCUUGUUGACAGAAAAUUGUCAUAAAUUGCCCAUUCAUAUGGCAGCAUCUCCAUUAUUUACUGUCUGUGUAGAGAUGGAAGUGCUCUGAUUGCAAUUUUAUAGCAAAAUUCUCUGUGCAUAUGUAUUGAUAGCAGGUUGAAGUAUGGAAGAGUUCCAGACCAGAUCUAGUUGCAUGAGUGUAUUGUCCAGUGAGUGACUUGGGAAAACUUUUUUGUGCCAUAAAAUAAGAUAAUUUGGAAGUAAAUGAAACUGGGAAUGUACAGUCAGUGUCACAAAAACAUUGGAUGGAGCUUCAUGUAAGGCUCACCUUUGGUUACACACAUUCAGAAUUAGAGGUACUUGGUACUGUUGCAGUACUUGUCGUGUUAAGACUUUUAUGUGCUUGAUGAGUUCAUGAAUAUUUGUAUGAUCUGAUUUUCUUUUCUUUUUCUGUUGUGUAUCCUAAUGAGAGUGAAGCUUUCUGUGCACUUGAAAUGAUGGUAGUCUACAUUGUGUGUGCUAAUUUAAAACAAAACAAGAAAAUCCCAAUAAUUAUGAACUAGAGUAGAUAAUUAAAAAGACUAUACAAAGGAAUAUUGUGCAACUGUGCGAUAUUGUAGGAAAAAAACUGAAUUAAAUCUUUAUAUUUUACAACCAAAGAUUUGCUUUCAGGCCGAGGGACAGCAGAGGUUAGGACAUGAUUAAAUAUAGGGUCCCAGAAUCUAUGGAAAAUAUACUAUGAGGCUCCUUAACCACCCUUCCCAAUCCUCAAUUAAAGGUGUUUCAUCAAAAGCUUGUUAGUUAGUGUAUUAAGAUUGAAGUAUUGUGCUGUUCUUUAAAAUCAUAAAUCUGAAUUACAUGAGUAAUUCAGUUAAGCAUAUGAGUAAAUUGCAAAAUUCCAAUUUCCGUUGUCAAUCUCAUUUAUUUUCAUUUCUCUCUUGCUGUUUGUUCUGUGAUUAGAGCCUUGUAGCAGUUCAUAUUUUGUGAUCGAAAGUCCAUACUGCUAACUCAUGAAUUACCUCGAAGCAAGAGGUUUUUUUCCAAUAAGUUAUGUAUUCACAUAUAUCUGUUUUUGGUAACUGUAACCAGUAUACUUCCAGCAAGUUGUAUAUUGGUUAUUUUUUCACUUAACAUGGUUAUAGCUGUACAAAGCUAAUUUACACAGAGUUUAUUGAUCCAAUCCAUACCCUUUCUUAUCAGUAUGUUACCAUUAUUUUUAUACAAAAGAAAAGAAAAGGAAGGAAACAAGCACCAAUUUUUGUUCUUUCAACAACAACUUAAUAUUCAAAUUUUGUUUGUUUUGUUAUUGUAAUUGUUUGUAAUUUACAAGGUCAUUUCUUUUUUUAACAGAAUCUGAAAUUCAGAGUAAUACACAGAAAACAUUGUUUCCAUCUCUCUAAUCCCAGCAAUCAAUUUAAAAGAACUUGGGGAUGUGUACCAUUGUCCCUUCUUCAUAUUUCAUAUUAACAUACAUGGAAUGAAUGUUUGUCUAAUUAGGGGUUGACUGUGAAUAUUUACACAAGCACUAAUUAUAUGGAGUUAUUGUGAGAAAGAACAUGCAAACAGUGGAAUCACAUCUUUCAUUUUUAGUCCUCGUUUCAGUGGUCACAGUACUGUUCUUUUUUUCUUUUCUUGUCUUUUCUUUCUCUUCUAUUUUGAAAAAAGAAGAGGCGAGAGUGCAUUUUCUUGUGUAUAACUUGAAUGGAAUUAAGUGUUGAAUACAUUGCCAGCAGUUAUGCCACCACCCGCUUAUUCAUUUGUGUCUGUUUAUAGACUGCUGUGUUAUAGGUACGUCUUUGUGUAUGGAGUGUAUAUUUAUUGAGAUGUACAUUUGAUUUACCCAUGUUAUGUGUUGUCUUAAUGUAGCAGUCAUGAUUUAAGCAAUAUGUGUGAAACUUGACACACUUGUAUGUAUUAUACUCCAGUGAGAUUAUUCAUUCUUAACUUAGGACUAGCUGAUUAUGUGCCACAUGGCAAUAUCUGUUAACAUUAGUUGGUGCAGUUUGUACGUAUCAUUUGCAGUAAGUUCCCUCAUCACCAACUUGAAAUGACAUAUAUUUUCCUUCAGAAUGAAUUUUUACCCUGGGGAAAAUCUCUUUCUUUUUGUAGUGAAGUUUAUGUUGUUGUUGCCAUAAAAGAGCAGAUAGCAUAUGUAACACCUAAUAAACAAAAUCAGCUAUGCUAAGCUGAUAAAUGGGCGUUAGAUGAUGAUGGGAUCUGAGAGGUUUGAGAGGAAUAAAGGGAGAAAAAAGUUGCGGUACGUUGGGUCUUCAGCUUUUGGGACAAAAUGAAUAAUACGCUCUUUCCCACUUUCUACUUGGUUUGGAUUUUUACCCAUGUUCUAUGAAGUGUAGACAAUAUAUUUUAUCAGAGCAGUUGUUGAUUUAGCAAAUUUUAGGUAAUUCUCCUCACACUUUACUCCAGUGCUUGCUUUGCUCCCUGCAGUCUUGUAAACAAAUUUUGUUUUUUACCUGAGAAUGAUAAUAUUUGUUCAGUUACUAAAAUGUCAAUACGACAAAUUGAGAAAGCUCUUGUAGUCACCAGACAGAUCAUAACUUGCUAUAAUGUUAGUGUUCUUAUUUUUUCAUUUGUCAUUAUAUCACCAUGUAGUUCAGUCUUUCAGCUAAAAGUGCACAACUUGAUUAAGAAGCAAAUAAGUAAUCUCAUUAUCAGUGUUGAUGAUUCUAGUAACACUCUAUUUUCUGUGCUGUGAUAAUGUUUAUAAAAUAUAUUAUUUUUUUAUUUACAUAAAAGUGACCAAAAAUAAUGAAUAUUUUUACCUUGUUGCCUAGUUUCAUGUACACUAUUUGCUGGCCACAACUUUAAACAUUUGUUGUGUGUGUCAUGCUUGUGACAGACUACCCGUAGCAUGGUAUUUCGUUGCAUCUAUAUGUUAAAUAUAUUUGAAGUCACAGAAUGCUAUGUGAAUGAGUCGUCAUAUAAAGAGUUUUACUGUUAUCUAAAGCAUAUGGUGCAGUUUUGUAAUAGCUGCAGAGAAAUGUUGUAUUAAUAGGCAAUAAACUUGCUUCAAAAUGCUUUUCCAAAAUUAUUUAUAAUUCUGAACUUGUAUAGUCGACACACUGCUCACAAGCCCUUUACUUGUAGAUAAGAGUCUUGCUUUUUUGUAAUAUUUAAACCUCAGUUCUAUUCAGUUCUUAUACGAAGAGUGUGGCAUAUUUGAUGACUUUGAAAGUGAAAAAAAAAAGUUUAUCUUUUUCUGUUAAUGUUAGAAUUUUGAAAUACAUGUACCGCAGUUACUAAGAGCUGCAAUAUGGUUGAGACCUUCACAUGGUGCAUUAAAUUGCACUUUUUGUAGAAAUUGUGUAAGUUAAAAUCACAGAGAGACUUCGCCUAUUCUUUUUCUUGUUUUGUCCCAUUGUCUCAACUGUUGUUCUUUUGUCAUGUAUUGUCUUUAACUGUCAUUCUUUUGUCAUCUAUUGUCU